AUGACCUGCCCGUUGCUGCGACCCGCAUCGCUGCGAGCGGUGCGCGGCCCGUUGCACCUUGCGCGGUCACCCGGCCUCGCCGCGGUCCGGCUCCAGCUCGAGGCGGCCGACGGCCUCCGCCGCCGCCGCUCGUACUGCAGCGCGGCUUUGCACGCGCUCGACUGGCAGCCGCUCGACUCGGGUGGCGCCUCGUGGACGCGCGUGCCAAAGCUGUGGCAAAAGAUGGGCGAGGGCGCGGUGUUGCUCCGGGCGCACGGGAUCGUGCCGCCAGAGGUUCGCGAGGCGGUGUGGGCGCUCAUCCCGCGGCUGAGCUUUGACCGCGACGCGGACAGCGUCGACGGCGCGCCCACCUUUGAGCUGCGCUGGGCGCGGGAAGGUCGCUUCACCCAUGACGGCCUCGCGGCGCUCCUUGCCGAGACGGUCGAGGAGCGGCUGCUGCCUCUGCUGCGCCGUUCGCCGCUCUGCGACCAGGGCGGCGGCUCCGAGCUGGCACUCGUGCGGUACUACGAGGACGGGCGCAGGCGCGUCCACCCGGCGCACUUUGACGCCGACGCGCUCGUGACUGCCGUGUUUGAGGUCUCGCCGCCCGACGGCUUCGAGGGCGGCUUCUACGUCCAGCCUGGGGCUCACGUCUCCUCGCGGCUGCCCGUGCGGCUCGAGGCGGGGGAGGUGAUCGCGCACUCGUUUGACCUGCAGCACGGGGUCGAGGUGAGCUCCGGCACGCGCUGCUCCCUCAUCCUCUGGUUCGCCGACUCUGCAGCCGCGUGCAAGGACAAGAGCCGGCCGUGGUACGAGCGCGCCGCCGCCAACGGCAAACGCUCGCCGCUGCAGAGCAGCGUCGACGCGCUCUACAACCUGGCCAAGAGUCGGCGCGUCGACGACCCGCGCGGCUCGCUCCGCGGCAUGCGGGACGCGGCAGAGGCGGGCCACUUCAUGGCGCAAAACGACCUGGUGCUAUUUGCGUUGGGGAUGAACUAUUUGCACGGCACUCUCUCCGCCGCCAAAGACGCGGACCUCGCCGCAGAGUGGCUCGGCGGAGCGGCGGAGAUGGGGCACCCAGCGGCGCAGGCGCAGCUCGGGCUGCUGCUGCUCAGCGGCGCCGACGGAGGGGGCGGGGAGGGGGCGAGCGGCGCCGAGUUGUGGCUGCGCCGUGCACACGAGCAGGGCAGCUUCGACGCCGCGACCGCCCUGGCCGGUCGGUACUUGCGCGGCGGCAGAGUCGGCGAGCUGGGCGGCCUCGUCGUGGGAAGGCUGCGGAGGGCCGGGCACGUCUCGUCAAAGUGGAGCUGGAGGUAG